UUCUCGUCCUUCGGACCUUCACCCCAAUUUUUUAAUAUCCCAAUUUACCGUUGUCACUCGUUAAUAUCCAUCACGUGACCUGGGCGGAUAAUAAUGCUACGAUCCCAGCUAAAAAAGAGAGAGAGUGAGUGAGAGAGAGAGAGAUAACGCUGGUUACUCUUCAAUAUUAACGAGGAGAAAGAAGGUAGAGAGAGAGAGAGAGAGAGAGGUUACCGAAGGGAAAAUGGAAAGAGAGGAGUGUGGGGAGGUGAGGGCCGAAAGCUGAGGGCUUAGCUUUUAACAACAGCAGGGCAGGCGGCAGCGGCAGCGGCAGCAGGAGCAGAGCAGGGAGCGGCAGUGAGACAGAAGCCUGCGAGGAAAGAAACAAAGAGAAGAGGGGGCGGGGGGGAGAGAGAGAGAAAGAGAAGGAGGAGGAGAGUGAUCGAGAAGAUCUCGAUCAGAAGGAAUUUCAGAGUCCCCACAGCCAGCCCCAAACCCCCCACCUUCACCACUCCCAUAAUUAACCCCCACCCGCCAAAAACAUAGCCAACAAAAAAAAAGAAAAAAAAAAGAAAAAAAGAAAAGAAAAGAAAAGAAAAGAGAAGAGAAGAAAACGAAAGAAAGAAAGACCAUCCCCAACAAGAAAACCGAAAUUGUGAAACAUAUAGCCCCAGUUAUGUGUUAGCUUUAGAUUCACAAAGGCAUAUAGAUAUAUAAUUGGUGAUACAUAGAGAGAUAGUUACAGAGAGAGAGAGAGAGAGAGAGAGAGCGCGAGAGGAGUAGGGGGAGAGAGGAAGGGGGGGAGGGGUAUAUAAGAGGAGGCGUAAAUUUGCCUCCAAGACUAGCCGGGGUGGCUUCGGGAAGGCGAUUCCCAUCCGACACCGGCGCGUUCGCGGACUGGGUGGCGUCUUCCGCCACCGGACGAGGCGACGAUCUGUGCCUCGGUUUCAAUGCCGGCGGAGGCGGAAGCGGAGGAGGAACCGGAACCGGCAGCGGGGCUGCCGCCACCGCCGGCGGCUGGGGGUCCAUCUCCUCCGCCUCCGCACGCCCCGGUGGCAUCAAUUAUGGCAUCGCCGACAUGGGAAUGGUCGGCCUUCGCGAUGUCCUCGUCGUCGCCCCCGCCGGAUCGUUCCAUCCCCAGUACCACGAGCCCUUGCCCUCCUCCGCCGAACACCCCAUCAUCCCCCUCCUAACCGCCGCCCCCUGCCUCGUAGACGAGGCCCACGAUGGCCGCCCCAAGCCCGCCGGCGGGAUCCACCUCUGGCAGGCACAGCCCCCUCCGCCCCCCCAGAACCCCAGCCCUAACCCUACCCUCUCCUACCUCAAGAAGCCCGUCCCCACUCUCGACGCCGCCGGCAUUCUCGCCGGCGCCGGCGGUGGAGGGGGGGCCUCGACGUGCCAGGACUGCGGCAACCAGGCCAAGAAGGAUUGCAGCCACCGCCGGUGUCGCACCUGCUGCAAGUCCCGCGGAUUCGAGUGCUCCACCCACGUCAAGAGCACCUGGGUCCCCGCCGCCCGCCGCCGCGAACGCCAGCUUGCUGCCUCCACCGCCGCAGUAGGCGCCGCCGGCUCCUCCGCCUCCACCUCCGCUCCCAAAAAACCCCGCCUCAUCUCCUCCCAGACGACCACCACCGCCUCCCACACCUCCAACUCCAACACCCCUCCUCGCAGUCUCGACACCAGCUCUAGCCACCAAGAUGCGAGCUUUCGCGAAAACUUGCCCGGGCACGUUAGAGCGCCGGCCGUGUUCAAAUGCGUCCGCGUGACGUCCAUCGACGACGGCGAGGACGAGUACGCCUACCAAGCCAUGGUCAAGAUCGGCGGACACGUCUUCAAGGGCUUCCUCUACGACCAAGGCGUCGACGACGGGCGGGGCGAGGCGAGCAUCAGCAAUGAUGCCAUCCCGAACAUCUCGGAGCUCCAUCUCGGAGGCGCCGGCGCUGCCGCUUGUGGUGGUAGAAAUGGUUCCUCCUCCUCCGCCAUCAUCCCGUCCGACGAGUACGGCGACGGUACGCCUGGUGGCGGUGGAUUCCUUGGAGGUACUACAAACUAUGGUCACCCAAUAAAUUGAGCUCUCCUCACCGCAUCUAAGCUUCUAUUUUCCUUCAUCUCAUUCUCGACUCAACUGUAUGAAAUCAUCAAGUCAUGCAUGGUGGUCGACGAGGAGUUGUUUCAGCUAUUGCUGCUGUUGUUGUAAACGUAUGCGUCUCUACUCGACUUCUUAGCUUCUCUUUUUAUCUCCUUUUUGCUGCUACCACUGCUAUUGUUGUUAUUAUUAUUGUUUCUAAUAAUUACUUCUCAUGAUGGUGAUGAUAACUAGAUCCUAUCUUACUCUAAGUAGAGUGAGAGAGAGGAUCACGGACGGACUGCACUGUUUAUAAGUUGGUUGCUAGUUUGUUAAGCUAUGUCUUCUUUUAUGC